GGCGGCUUGUAGAACUCUCACCAGUCCAGCAGCACAACCGCGCUCGAGGAGGAGCGACACGGCGGCAUGGAGACCGUGCGGCACGAACCGUACCGUGUCUUUAACGGGGAGAAGAGAAACGUCCCCGUGUGAUGAAACGGACGCGGCUCUUCGUUCGCAUUUCGUCGCAUUUGUUGAAGCCGAGGCGUCUGAACCGCAGCAUCGCGCGCGGACGAUCGGAUUUAAAGGGCCAGCAUCGACCGAUGCGCCAUGGCUCUGGACCCGGAACGGGAAAGACAGUCCUGCGAGCUGUGUGGCAAAAUGGAAAACCUUUUAAAAUGCGGCAGAUGCAGGAUUUCCUUCUACUGCAGCAAGGAACACCAAAAACAACACUGGAAGGAACACAAACGCACCUGCGCACAGGCUGACAGGAGCGAGACUCAACAAACUCCGCAGACACCCGUUGAAAACCAGACCGAUCUCCACAAAAGAGAGCCGAACACCGGAACCGAGAACUCAAAAACCGACAACCAUAAACCCAAAGCCCAUCCUCUAAAACUGGCCACCGAGGACAUAGUGCCGUGCAUGAACAAACACGGCAUUUGUGUGGUAGAUAACUUGAUGGGUGAGGAGAUCGGACUGUCCAUACUGGAGGAUGUCAAAGCGCUCCAUCAGACCGGCAAGUUCACUGACGGACAGCUGGUCAGUCAGAAAAGUGACUCUUCGAAGGACAUCAGGGGGGAUAAAAUCACCUGGAUCGAGGGGAAGGAGCCGGGCUGCGAGAAGAUCCGAUGCCUGAUGAGUCGUAUGGAUGACUUGAUCAGGAGUUGCAAUGGAAAAAUGGGAAACUACACCAUAAAUGGAAGAACGAAAGCAAUGGUGGCGUGUUAUCCGGGUAAAGGCACGCGUUACGUGCGUCACGUGGACAACCCGAACGGCGAUGGGAGAUGUGUCACAUGCAUAUAUUACCUUAAUAAGAAUUGGGAUGCCAAGGAACAUGGAGGUUUGCUGCGAAUAUUUCCAGAGGGUAAAGCUCAGUUUGCAGACAUCGAGCCCAAGUUUGACCGCCUGCUUUUAUUCUGGUCCGAUAGACGAAACCCUCAUGAAGUUCAACCGGCAUAUUCUACAAGAUAUGCCAUAACCGUGUGGUAUUUUGAUGCUGCCGAGCGGGCGAGGGCAAAAGAAAAGUAUUUAACAGGAGCUGGAGAGAAAGGAGUAAAGGUGGAACUAAACAAGCCGUCUGAUCCGAGCUAAUCAAAUGAUCAUUAAUCUGGAUUUUUCCCGGUGACCUGCUGUGUGGUAAAAGAGAUUAGUGCACGCCAAAGUCCGAGACGAAGCCAGACCAGUGAAGUAUUGAAGUGAUUGACAUACAAACUUUUGCUGUAUUUUUCGGCAUACUGUAUUUCCACAAGGCCAGUUUACUCUGGAUAUGACGCUGUUGUUUAGAUUUAGUUUUAGAAAGGUACAGUAAUCUGUAUUGAAUUGACCCGAACGCCUCUCAUGUGACUGCAGUCGCACUGUUUCUAAAGAACUUUUAUCUCAAAUGCCAAAAAGAGAAAUAAGGUGAGUUUAUGCAUUUUGCGAAUAAAGCUGGUCAUGUAUGGAUGUUUAUUUUUCAUGACCGCAUUUCUGCUGGUUUGAUUUUAUUUCGGUUUAAACGGACACUCAUGAAUGUUUGGCAUGUUCAGCGGGCAGAUGCAUGAUGGGAUGCUGUUUGUUAUAAUUCUGCUCAUCAUUCUUUUCUGACACACAUGCCCGUAUUGUCUGAAAUCAACAAUUUUUUUUUUGCAUUUUAGAAAAUAUUGCAUUUGUAAAUCUUCCGAUUCAAGGUGAAAAUCUUUGCUGCAAUAUUAAAAUGCAAAUAAAAACAAUGAAUGUAUUGUA